AGAUAAUUAAGGAUAAUUAAUCACCUAUCAACUAGUUUAUUCAAUAUCAACUUCUCAGAUGUCGGAUACAUUGUAAGUUGUGUUUCUUUUUGCGAGUUUUAGUAUUAAUAAUUGGAUGUGUUAGUGAUGUUUGAAAGAAUGAAAUAUCGUUUUAAUUAUACAUGUAUUUCGUAAGAUAACCGAACUUUUAGUUGCAUAAAGUUGAAAAGAAAAUCCGUAUAAGAAGAUACUGAAAAGAAAUCUACAAACAGCGUUAUUUAUUAUAUUUAACCAGUGACCCAUAUCAUCUUUAUAAUCAGUUUGGUAGACUGCGAAAGAAAUAACCAACUGUUCGGAUUGUCAUAGGGGGCGGUGCGUUUAUAUUGAAAAGGAUCCUUUUAAAAAUAAUCAACAAACAAUCUACCAGUAAGCGUGCCCAGCAUCCUGGGAGUGGGAGAAAAUAUCACAGGGAGUAGUUUGCAUUCGGCCGGUUUCCGUGUUUUCAAUAUGAACGUACCAUCAGAAAUCUGAACUGCGUUUUAGUUCGAUCGGGAGAGAAAAAUGCGGGAAACGCAUUACGGAAAAAAGCUCUAAUUGGAAAUACGUAAAAUGAGAUAAUCGUGCGACGAUAAUUUUUGUUUAUAUCAAAAAAAAAAAAAAAAAUAAAGGAAAAUUACUCUAGAGGGUAAUAUGUGAUUUAGUGUUGUUUCGUGGAGUGUUUAUAUUUAUUUUGUGACAAAAAAAUGGUAAAAAGACGUAGUUCGAGGAAAAGAGCGAUAGAAAAACCUUUGGGACGCAUAGAAAUCGUUAAUCCCGGAGCUUGUACUACCAAAUCGUGCGUGGGAGACGUCGCCUGUAAACAAUUACCAAAUCAAACCCAUACUUGUAUAUGUACCCACGAUUCCCAACCGCCCUUCUCCGAUGGGACAUGUCCAAGAAAGGUAGUCGCUUCUGGAAACAGCCCUUCGGACGUUGAUGAAAGUUCGGGUAGGAUACCGGUUCAACCGAUUGCUUCACACGAAAACCACAUUCCAUUAACAACCACCCCUAAAUCAGCGUUAACCCUACAAGAUGACAGAUCCGCCGCUGUCACUUCUGGUUAUUCCAGUUAUCAAAUCUACUUAAUUCCUCUGACCGUUUUAAUAUGUGGGAUAUUAUUGUUGAUCCUGGUAUUAUUCGUAAGGAGAAAAAUGCGAAAAAGGACCGAAGCCACUUCACCGAUUAGUUUAAAACACAGUUUUUUAGUACCUGAAAGGUACGCGCCGAAUCCACAAUAUUCCGCUUGUUCUGCAACCGGAGUACCGAUUUUGAAAAAAGAAACGCUUUCGUUUCUGAAAGAAGUCGGGGAAGGAUGCUUCGGGAAGGUUUUUAAAGGGGAACUUUUAUGUGACGAUGAAAAUAAGGUUAAAAUAGUGGCAAUCAAAGUACUGAAAACAUCCGCCACCAAAGAAGCCGAAGACGAUUUUUUGAGAGAAGUUGAAAUAAUGAGCGCGUUUCGGCAUCCCAACAUACUGUCUCUAUUAGGAGUAGUCCAAAAAGACGAACACGUCAAUCCCAUGAUGGUAUUCGAAUUCAUGCCGCACGGAGACCUGGCUGAACUCCUACGUAGUCAAAGACACAGUCCGUUAGAAAAAGAAGUCCCGCAAUUAACUAAAACGGAAUUACUCUCCAUAGCUAUACAAAUAGGACAAGGUAUGAAAUAUUUGGCGUCACAACGUUUCGUACACAGAGAUUUGGCAUGCAGGAAUUGUUUAGUAGCCGAAGGCCCGAUCGUCAAAAUAGCGGAUUUCGGAAUGAGCAGAGACGUUUACACGUGCGAUUAUUACAAAAUUGGCGGUUCUCGUCUCCUCCCCGUUCGAUGGAUGUCCCCGGAGAGCGUAGUUUACGGUCGUUUCACCUUAGAAUCUGACAUUUGGUCGUACGGUGUCGUCCUAUGGGAAAUAUACAGUUUCGGAAAACAACCUUAUUACGGUCACAGCAACGAGGAAGUCGUCAAAUUGAUAUUGGACGGCAUAAUGUUGAUACCGCCGGAUGAUUGUCCUUCUUUUAUAUGCGAUUUGAUGAAGAAUUGUUGGAAAACGGAGCCGAGACAUCGAAUCACCUUUCCGAGUAUAUGCGAAAAGUUGGAGGAGGCUUUCGACAUCGAAAACGUACCGGUCGUCUCGUACGCGACGGAAACGAAAAAAAUGAAGAUCGGUUGUAAUAAAAGUCUACCGAGACCGCCUCCUUUACCGUCCAUAAUACAACAAGUUAGUUUAUUAGACGGACAAGGUUAUUUGAAACCUAUAGAGAUUACGGAACCCGUAACUUAUCUAGAAACAAUUUGCGAUUGAUAAAAUUAUCAUUAUACGACGGUUAAAUCUAGUCAUAAUUCUAUUUUAAUUAUUCGAGAUGUCAAUUAAUGAUUAAUAUUUGUAAAUAGAAAUGAAUUAAUAUCGAAACAGUUCAAAAUAAUAUCAGAAUUUUAUGCAACACUUAUUACAUUUACGAAAUCUAUGCAACCAGCAUUACUCUUAACAAUUUCAUCAGAAAAAUUUAAAAUACUAUCAACUCGAUAUGCAACACUUAUUACAUUAGUUUUAUAUAACAUAAAAAAGUUCAUUUACAAAAUCUGUCUAAUCAACAUUACUAUAACCACAUUGAUAUUUAUUUUUGUUAAAAAAAGAAACUUGAGAUUAAAAUCUUAAUUCUUGCAUAUCUUAAUUCGAUAUGCAAACAUUUACAGAUGUAUAUGCAACCAACAUAACAAGAACACGCGCCAUCUAUUAGUUCCAAAAGUAGUUUUACGAGCUCCGAUUUUAAUCGAGUUAUUGAAUAUACACCGAAAAAAAUUUUCUAUAAAAUUAUAACGAAUAAUAAUAUAAAAAAAACCUGGUAGAAAGAUAAAACAUCGAUAUACGUGAAAUUUGAGGUUAUAAUGUUGGCAAUGACGAACUGUCAGUGAAAUCAAAACUUAAAAUUAUUUUUUAUUUGUUAAUAUUGUUUUCUCAGUGUACGCGAUAUAAUUCUCGUUAAAUGACGUAACUUUUUCGAAAUUUAGAGUAAGGCUUCAUUUACUGGGUGUGAUUGCUCUAAUUGAAUAUUGUACAUUGACUGAUUGAUUCUUUAUAGGGGUAGUGGGUAUUUUUAAAAUUUUUAUUGGAACGUACCCCAUUAGAAAGCUCGAUCAAAUGCUAUGUUAAGUAUUUAUUUAGUUAGAUACAAAAUAAUUAUCUCGAAACUGUAUUUUCUCAAUUUUAUAAUAAACCAAAGAUCUGUUCACAUCCUAAAAAUUGUAAAAAUUCUUGUUAUAUAUAACAUUUGUAUGUUACCUAAUUUUAAUGUUUUGUAAAAAUUAUUAAGAAAUAAUAUAAUAUUUUAUUAAAU